ACGCUGUGUCCUUUGCUCCCUGCCACGCCCACCACAAGUGACACCCUCACACAGAUCCUCCCAUCGCGUACGUAUGCACCUACCACCAUAACCUUUACCUCACCUGCCUCCACACACGCCCACAGACAAACAAACAUUCAAACGAACUCCCAUUUACCCAACGGGAUUACCUUGUCUCACGAUUUACGAUCGGCAUCUUCCAUCGCCCUCCGUACCUUAACCCCAUCAAAAUCACAGUCAUGGUCCGCGCCGUUUCACUCUUGCUCCCGUUAUCUCUGGCAGCGACAGCUGUCAACGCUCAAUUUGGCGAUUUCUUCAAGAAUGCCUUUGGCGGAGCGCUUCAGCAGCCGCUUGGCUCCGCGAUCCCGAGUCGUACGCCAGUGCUGAAGAACACGUAUGAGAUUACCUCCGAGAACUGGAGAAACAACAUCGAUGUCGCCGUUGAUCCUGCUGCGGGUGAGGACGCUGCUAAAGAGUGGUACUUUUACUUCACUACUUCUGCUGCGAAUUCAACUGGCGAUAAGAAUGUUACCUAUUGGGAUGGUGUUUACAACGACACCGUCCGCGCGAUGUCGAUAGUGAAACCAGUGUCGAAGCUGAACUUCGGAAAGAUUGACUGCGCUGCGCCCGAGGCGACAGAACUGUGCCAUACUUUCUUCUUGAACGCGCCUAACAAGCUCCCCGUCUUCUACCAUGUCGCUACGUACGUCAACAACGGCACCACUGAUUUCCGCCGUAUUCCCAUGUGGAAGAACAUUACCGAGAUCAACGAACAGCCCGCAUACCACACCAAGCUCUACACCGAGAGGGAAUGGAAGAAUCUCGAGCCCUGGACCGGUCUUUUCCAUCCCAUCACCGGCCAGCUGAAGGAUUACGCACCCAUCCUUUCCCAGGCUCUUCAAUACUAUGAGAUGAUCCCACAGUGGCUUUUCAUGGUUGGAAUCUCGCUGAUCGGCAGGACCUUCACGAGCCGCCUGACCGCUUCCCGCAUGGGCACCCAGCCCGCCCCCAGAAACAUGCCCGUACGAACUGUCGGUGAUGCUACCGGAAGAUAAUUUCAAUAUCUACCUACGAUCUUGUUUAGCUAUCUUUUUUAACGUACGACCGUAUACGUGGGAUGGAAUAGGCGGAGUAGCGGGCUGUCGUGUGUCGUAGUUGUGAAGGGCUUUCUGUCGUUUAUGCAGCGCAAGUUUCUGGAUAGCAAUUGUAAGAUAUGGAUUGGAAGAUAAAGCUUGGUCGGAGUUUCUCUGGAGCUGGCGGAAUGUGCUCUCUUUUUCGGUUCUAGUUACGUCGAUAUGAAUGCGCCAUGUAUUGGGCGCGGGAAUGGGGUGGUUCGCACAGGCGGUCAAAAUUCAUGCUCACUUGCAAACAUACC